AUGGCAGCUGGGAUGUGGGGCUUUGGCCCGGAUGCAGCUGCCACCUCUCGACAGAAGGACGCGGCCUGGGCCACGGCGGACGCGUGCCCCGUGGAGAUUCGAGGCGCCACAGGGCAGUUCGGGGACGCUUGGACCAACGGCCUGUACGAAGUCGACGUGACCCAUCCCGAGAUUCCACCUGUGUAUGUGCUGCAAGGAGGGCACUUCGAGCGCUUUCUCUAUUUUGAUGCUGAGCACUAUUGGAGAGUUGGCAGCUGCGAGUACAAGGAUCAGGAGAAAGCCGCAGCCGGAUCGAUGCGCAGCGCUGAGAAGGUACGCCCUGGCACCUUACCGACGCAAGUGGCGGCCUGGAGCGUUCGCACGGGCUACGACGAGUGGCUGCUGCAAGACGUCGAGGUCCGGGCAACGGCGAAGGCCGUGGAGCAAGGUCUUGCCGUUGGUGCCGCUGUGAGCGCCAAUGGAGCGGGUGAAACGAAGGGAUACAACAGAUGA